UCUUCGUGUUCCGAUAUCGCGAGAGCGCCGAUGUCGCGCGAGACGUGCGACGUCACUUUUAGCGCGGAGUUUGUUGUUGGCGGAAAAGCUUCAUCCUGAAAGUCUGAUCAGAUUAUCCAGCCGCAGACUGAGAGACAUUUGUAUGUAUGUAAGUGUUCACCGAUGGAGCAUUAGCUCAUGACUGCACGGCGUGUUUAUGAAACGUUACUUUGAGAAACUUCACGACGAACUGAAGCGCUCAACACCAGUCCCUGAAGUGAACCUGACCGUGUGUUAAAACAGCUAACACGUAAAGUUUGUGUCCGUCCAGAUGGAGCUGUCUCCUCUCUGCACUGAAGGCAUCAGCACUGACGGAUGUGUUGUUAAAUCUGUCAGAGGUCACAGGAAGAGCAAAGUCCCGAGGGAUUUGGAGAUAGACAUCGAGUUCCUCUACAAAGCUGUCCCUCAGCUAGCCAAGGUUUUCCGCAUUAUAGACAAAAUUGGAGAAGGUACGUUCAGCUCGGUGUAUCUGGGUGAGGCUCAGAUGCGGGAUGGGAGGAGAGAGAUGUUUGCCCUGAAACACCUCAUCCCAACCAGCCACCCUACACGCAUCGCCGCUGAGCUUCAGUGUCUCACUGUCGCUGGCGGCAGAGAAAAUGUGAUGGGGGUGACGUACUGCUUCAGGAAGGAGGACCACGUGGUGAUCGUCAUGCCCUAUAUGGAGCAUCAAGCUAUCGUGGACAUCAUUGGCUCGUUGAGCUUCGAAGAGGUCCGUCUGUACAUCUAUCACCUGUUGAAGGCUCUGAGACAUAUCCACCAGUUUGGUAUCAUUCACCGAGACAUCAAACCAAACAAUUUCCUCUACAACAGGAGCAGCAAAAUGUAUGCACUGGUGGACUUCGGCCUGGCUCAGGGCACAGAGGAAACCCAGAUUGAGCUGCUGAAGGUGGUGAGGCAGAGAUCAUCUCAAAAAGGUGGAGGGUCCACGGGGAAACAAGACACAGCACAGCGGAGCAAAGCAUCACCUAGGCCCGCUCCUAAAACCACCACAGCUUCAACCUCGCUACCUCUGCCACCACGGCAGUCCACGACUUUACCACCUUCCUCCUCCUCUUCCUCCACAACCACAUCUUCUUCAGCCUCUCGGAAAGCACUGGUUAAAAAAGCUCGUUCUGUCACCACCACCGUCACCACCUCCACCUCUCGCACAAAACACACAAAGGACUUGACGGGACUACGCAAAGUGCCACGGCCUGUGUUUGGAGAAAGGAACCUGAACAGUUGCACUCCAGCUCCGUCCACCACCAAACAAGUUGCCGCUAAGACGGAGCUGGUGAAGCCCAGCAAGACAGAGGACCCAGCCACCCGAAGGUAUUCUUCAGCCAGCCGUAGCCUGCUGCCUGUCAGGGCCCAGAGCAGCAGUCAGAAACCUCAGAGGACCGUACAGCAGAGUCUCACCUGUAACUGCUACCUGACUGAUCGUGUCUGCAACGUCUGCAUGUCGAGGAAGCAGCAAGUAGCUCCCAGGGCAGGAACCCCAGGAUUCAGAGCACCAGAAGUCCUGACAAAGUGUCCCAACCAAGGAACAGCCAUAGACGUGUGGUCAGCUGGUGUGAUCCUGCUUUCCCUGCUCAGUGGCCGUUACCCGUUCUUCAAAGCCAGUGAUGACCUGAUAGCGCUAACUCAGAUUAUGACCAUACGAGGCUCCAGAGAGACCAUCCAGGCUGCCAAGGCCUUUGGUAAAGCAGUGGUGUGCAGUCGGGAGUUGCCUCGUCAGGACCUCAGGACACUGUGCGAGACGCUAAGAGGGCGGAGGCCGUCACCAGACGACGAAGUCCCGCCAUUCCCUGAAGCGAGCAAAGACUCCACAGUCACCCAUCGUCAUAAAGAUAACACGCCAACACAUUGUCCCAGUGAAAGAACGUCCAAGCAACACAUAAACGGAGCAGGUCAGACUCUCCCAAACCACCAGGAACAUUCAGAGAGCUCAGAAACUACUCGCUAUGUCAAACAAAGCUCAGUGACAAGCCGCAAGGUAGAGGAAGACGAGCGGGGCUGGGACAAAGUUCCCGACGAGGCCUAUGACCUGCUGGACCAGCUGCUGGACCUGAAUCCUGCCACAAGGAUCACAGCUGCUCAGGCCCUGCAGCACCCACUGUUCACAGACCUGUGAAACCGGCGCAGGAAUCUCACGGCAACAUAAUUAGAUGCUGCAGAGACAAAGGGGUGUUUAUACUUUAUAUUCAACUUACAAAUUCUAACCCAGCAGAGGAUAAAGUCUGUCCCUUUAUGAGGACACGGGAUCUUUUACAUCCCUGUGUGGAGAGAUUACCUGAACAAGAGCACAGACAUCUGGUACGUUUCCAAGUGAGGGGGAACUCUUUUUUUUCUCUCAUCGACCCGUUAAUUGCUUCAUGUAUUUAAAUUAGUAUCCAUUCAAAACACGUUUGACUUGAUGGUCCACAGGCCUGCAGUAAAGAGUUAAAAUGUUUGUUUUUUAUGGCAGCUAUGGUACAAAGUACUUAAACUCAGCAUUUAAAGGGCUCUAAUUGUGCAGUGUUAGCUGUAACCAAGACAGGAAAAGCAUCUACUUAAGGCAUUAUAUUGUCAGACUAUUGGCUGCUCUGACGAUGGUUGGACAGUUUUACAAUUCUUUAAUGUACGAGCUGUUUGGUGAAAUAAAUGUUCAACCCUGAAUGUUCCCGAUCUCCUCUGUGAACAGUCAGCUACUUACAGCUCUGCACCAUCUAUUGUACUGUUAACCCUCGAGGAGUCUACCUGCUGUGGACUAGAGUGACAUCUGAGUCAAGCUUAUCUGUUAUAACUUAAAAAACUAGUAUUUAAUACUUGUUAAGAAAGAACAACAAUUCUUGUUCUGUCUGAACUGGGUCUUGUCUGUGUGUUUACUAUUGUUCACCAUAUUAGAGCUGUAUGAAGUGACUAUUCCUUUAAAGGGCUUUUUAAUUUGAAGGUGCAUAUGAAUUCAGUCUGUGUUUUAUCAAUGUGAAGCUGUAUGAGAGUAUGUCUUUGUUUCAGCUGUGUAUUUAUGACAUUGACAUGUUCAGUCUGUCUCACUCUACUUUGUAUUUUCUAAUAAAGAGGAAAGAAGCAAGUAGCUGCA